GCAUGUAUUUGCUGCGUUUGUCCGCCAAUUUUUGCUGCUCAGCUGUCGGACAAGUUGCUUCAGGCAAACUAACAUGACCAUUUAUGGAAAUUUUCUGCGAAAGCAGUACGUUCAAAAACCCUUCGUUAGUACCUCGACAGUCUGCAAACUAACUCUACAUGCCUCAUCUCUGCUGCAAUCGUAACGGCCAAUCGUCGUCCGGUCCUACUGGAUUUGUCUCCUCUAGUGCUGUAAAUCAUUAUGCUCCUCAUUUGGUGAUCGAGCCUGUCCACUUAGACAUAUCCGUCUAUUUCAAGGACUUAUCGUCCAAAUCUGCUCAAGUUAAAGUUACCCAUACCUUCCGCAGUAACAAUAGCUCGAGCAUUGCCCCAUUGAAGGAGCGUUCCCAAAUAGUAUUGAACGGUGUUGCCUUUGAGGCCCUUCGAGUUGAAGGCAAAGGUGUUUCGCACUCUUAUGAUGGGAAGGAAAUUAAGCUUUAUUGGGACUCUCCCUUCGAGGCUCAGAGCGAGCGGACUGUAACCCUCGAAUACGGCGUGGAUCACCCUGUAUCUGGGUUACUCUUUGAUCGCAGGGACUGGAUGCCUGGAACUACCGAUGAAUGGGCUAUUACAGACCAUGAGACUGAAAAAGCGCGAUACUGGCUUGCAACCGUCGAUUUUCCCACAGUUCGUACCACUCUGUCGUGGCACAUCACUGCUCCCGAGAGAUUCACUUCUAUGGCCAAUGGAGCUUUCGUUGGAGAAGAUGUGAAGGACGGUUUUAAGACAACUCACUGGAAGCUGGACCAUCGCUGCCCAUCUUACCUUACAUGUUUCGCAGUAGGCGAUCUUAUUGAGGUUGAUGAUGGCGAAGUGGACGGCAAACCCAUAAAGUACUUUGCUGCCAAAAGUCGUAAGGAAGACGAUGUCAGAAGAGGAUUCAAUGAGACUCCAUCCAUGAUCAAGUGGCUCCAAAAGAAGGUUGGGUAUCCUUUUCCAUGGCCAAAGUAUUAUCAGAUCGCUUUACCCUCUAUUCUUGGAGCUAUGGAGAACAUCUCGCUGGUCACAUGGGUUGACACCUUCGCUAUUGACGAAACGAACGCACUUGAAAGAAAACAACUGACUGAUUGUGUCAACAUUCACGAAAUGGCGCACACCUAUUUUGGCGAUUUGUUGGUUAUUCGCCAUUUUGAACAUGCCUGGCUCAAGGAAAGUUGGGCAACAUACAUUGAGUCAUGUUGGCUGCAAGAUCACCAUUCCGAAGAUGUAUUCCGUAACGAAAUGAUCGAAAAUGCAUAUAGCUAUUUUGACGAAUGCGAUCGCUACAUGCGACCAAUAGUCACACGCAAAUACGACUCAUCCUGGGACAUUUUCGAUAUGCAUACUUACCCUGGAGGUGCCUGGCGUAUUCAUAUGCUGAGAUGUCUUUUGGGAGAGGAUGCUUUUUGGAAUGGUGUGAAAGCGUAUGUCAACAAAUUUGCACAAAAGACUGUACAGACCAGCGAUUUCCAAGCUGCGCUCGAAGAAGCAUCUGGUUUGAAUUUAACGAGGUUCUUUGACGAAUGGAUCUAUUCUAAAGGCUAUCCUAAGAUUAAAGCUGAUUAUAGCUUUGAUAAGCAAGCAAACUUGGUGAAAAUUUCAUUGUCUCAGACACAGGUAGACAAGAAGAAUGGCGUUCCAUUAUUUGCCCUUCCGUUGGAAAUUGAAGUCGCUGAUGAAAAAGGCAAUGUUUACUCCACCGUCGCCGAAUUUGACAGAGAGAACAAGAUCGUUGCUUUUAUACCUCUUCCUAAAGAUGUUAGCCCCCAUGUUCUACGCAUCGAUCCCAAUGGAAAAGUACUGUUCACUCUAGAAUUGAAUGCGGACGAAGAUAUUCUCGAGAACACUGCGAAAAGCGCAAAGGAUAUUAUGAACAGAAUACAUGCUUACUACGAACUUGUCAAAACUGGUACGCGCGCUUCUUUAAAGACUGUCCGUAAACUUAUCAAGGAAGAGUCUUUCUACUCUGUUCGCAUUCACGUUUCCGAUGCUCUUUCCAAGCUCAAAACUCCAUUUGCCUUGGAGAUCCUUGCUGAAUUAUUCGCUAAUGAACAAGAUCCCAAUGCCAUGUACUCUGUCUUCGAUAACUGUUUCAUAGCCGACAAGAACAUUCGCGAAGCAGCUUUGAAAGUGCUGAAGCGUGAUAAUUUGCCGUACCGAGCGCAUGCUUCUGCUUUAGCUGUGUUGGGAUAUCAGCACAAUGAAAAAGACUUGCCCUAUCUACUGGAAGUUGCUAAGGAUGAGUCAAAAGUUGGACAAUUUGGCUUGAUUCGAGGUGGUGCAUUAAAAGCCUUGGGAUAUCACCGCAGCGAGGAAAGUUUCAAAUAUCUUAUCUCUCGUGCUGACAUCGGUCUCGAGAACCCUCGUGCAAGACAAGCCUUAGUCAAAGCGAUUAGAGAGUCUGCCCAAUGGCAAGAGGAUCGCUACAAGCGAAUGGCAAUUGAUAAGCUAGUGGAGUUGUUGAGGGACGAUAAUGGAUACGUUCGUAAACAGUCCGUGGCAGAGUUGGUCAAUUUGAAAGUGAAGAAUUCGUACGAUGAUAUUGACGCCUCCCGUGCACUCAUCGCGAAAGACGACUACCCUUGGCUGGAUCGCAAGCUCAAAUCACUGCAGGAGUCGUCUUCAGGUGGCGAGAAAGUUGGUCAUGAAACAAUUGAAAAGCUAGAGGAGCGUAUAAAGAAGCUAGAAAGUAAAUUGCUUGACAUUGCCGCUAAGGAAGAAGCUGCGAAGGCCAAAAAGCAAGAUUGAGGCGAAGACAUUUUAGUACAGUAGCUCAGAUAUUUAAUGCCUCCAGCGUUAUAUAUCAAAUAAAGCCAACUAUGCCCAACACAAAUUGUUCGAACACUAGUGAUUCACAGUGUCCAACCAUCACAUCAACCAGUUAACCUCAAAUGUGUUUUGUCCGAUUGGCCAUAUACG